AUGUCCCCCCUGAGACUCCUGCACUUGGCGCAGAAGAGCCUGCUGGGUCAUGAGGCCUUGACCAUCCUUAGUCUGGACCAGCUUCCCAGAGAGAUGUUCCCUUCGCUCUUUGUAGAGGCCUUCAACAGGAGGCUCCUGAGCAUCCUGAAGGCCAUGGUGAGAGUCUGGCCCUUUGAAUUCCUCCCGUUGGGCGCCCUCACUAAAUGGCCGCAAGUCGACAUCCUGAAUGCUGUGUUGGAUGGGAUCGAUAUGAAGUACGACCAGAUCUCUGACUCCAGGAGAGGGAAGCUGCACGUGCUGGAUUUACGGGAUGCUGGUGUGAAUUUCUGGAAUGUGUGGGCUGAGAGCAUGGAUGAUGCCUGCUCUCCUGAACCCAAGCUGAGGAGACAGCCAGUGGAGCACAAGGGGCCCAAGUCAGCCUUGAAGGUUAUAACAAACAUCAACCUCACCGAGGACACCCAUGAUGAGUUCCUCACCCACCUGCUUCAGUGGGUGAAGGAGAGAGCCAGCCUGGUGCACCUGUGCUGUCACAACCUGAUGAUCUCGCCAAAGAACAUCCACAGCUUGAGCAAAAUCCUUGACAGUCUGGAGCUUGGCUGCAUCCAGGGGAUGCAAGUGGACUCUGACUGGCAACUCUCCAUCCUGGCCAAGUUUGCUCCCUAUCUGGGCCGGAUGGGCAGCCUUCACAAUUUGUGUCUCUCCUACCUCUGGCUCCCGACCCCCAUCACCCCAGAGGACAAGGUAGAGUUCAACUCACAUUUCAGCUCCAAGUUAGCCAAGAUGCCCCACCUUCGCAGCCUUUACAUGGACUCUGUCGACUUCCUGAAGGACAACCUGGAUCAGGUGCUCAGCGAACUCAAGCACCUGCACCUGAGUGGUGUCAAACUGACCUACAUCAGUCCUGAGCCCCUCAAAGUUCUGCUGGAGAGAGUGGCAGCCACACUCAUGACCCUGGACUUGAUGGACUGUGAGAUCAAUGACUCCCAUCUCAGUGCUAUCCUGCCCGUCCUGAGCCAGUGCUACCAGCUCACCACCUUAAGUUUUUUCAGGAACAGAAUCUCCAUGGCCAUGAUGCAGAAGCUGGUGGAGCACACAGGCAACCUCAGUGCUCUGAGAGUGGAGCGGUACCCAGCUCCAUUGGAGAGUUAUGAUCCCCAGGGCGUUGCCCAACAGGAGAGGUUUGUCCAUCUCUGUAGAGAGUUGAUGGGUAUGCUGAAAAGAAUAAGAGCCCCUAGGAAGGUUAUGUUUAGGACGCACCCCUGCGGGAAUUCUGCAAAAUGGAUGGUGUUUUACCAAUAUGAACCUAAUUUUUACAAGUGCUACCUGCUACACUAA